AUGAUUAGACCAUAGAUUAUGAAUGUUUAACAUCAACUGAAAAAGAUAAGUGUUUUAAAAGGCAAGCCAUUCGAAUUAAAAAGCUUUAGCAGACCAAGAUAAGACUUUAAAAAUGAAGAACUAAAGUCCAAACUGUACACUCAAUAAUAAAAAAAUUAAAUCGAUAUAAGAGCGUAUACUAGAUAAGAGGACUUGAUGAUCAUCCAAUUUGAUUUUAGCCCAUACUAGUGGAGAGAUUGUCAUUCUUAAAAUUCAACAAGCUAAAAAUCAAAUUUAUCCAACAGAGGCAUUGAGUAAAAAAUUUACUUGGAAUACGAUUAAUCUUAAUCAACUUAGCCUUAAAAUAUUAUAGAGAAAAGUUUAUAAAAUAUCCUCUUUGUGGAUUAAAAAUGGAUCUAGAUUGUUCAACUAGAAUUAUGA